GCUUGUCAUUGCUCUACGGAUCAGAACUGCCUUCGACUCAGGAAUUGACCUAAGUUUUCAUAUAAGGAACCAGAAGCCCAUUGAAGAAAGAUGACCAAGGGAACCACAAGUUUUGGCAAGCGCCACAACAAGUCGCACACAAUCUGCCGCCGCUGUGGCAACUCGUCGUAUCAUCUGCAGAAGUCGAAGUGCGCCCAGUGCGGCUAUCCCGCGGCCAAGACCCGAUCCUUCAACUGGUCCCGGAAGGCCAAGGGUCGCAAGGCCCAGGGAACCGGAAGGAUGCGGUACCUCAAGAAUCUGCGCCGUCGUUUCCGCAAUGGGUUGCGCGAAGGCGGCUCCUCGCAGAAAAGGGCCAACUAAGUGGGUAAAUGGGGUCCUUGAUAAGCCCAAUAAAAGUCGACUGCACGC